AUGUCCUCCGAUGCAGCCACAAGCAAUGGUUAUAACCACACCACCAUAGGCACCAAUAGCUCUGCGUAUGGCCUCUAUGAUUGUGGUGGUGGCAUGGUUGGAUACUUUUGUCAAUUUUGUGUUUCCACUGCUACAAAAGAAGUCGCUCAGCUCUGCCCCAGUAAUGUAUCUGCUCUGGUGUGGAAUGAUUACUGCGUUAUAAGGUACUCAAAUGAGGACUUCUUUGGGAAAGCUUUGACAUACCCAACAUGGCAUACUGUUGGAACAAAAAACGUAUCUAACAAAAGACUCUCAAAAUUUUCUGGUCAAGGUUCGGAGAAGUUCAAUAAUGAAGUAAUGUUUAUAGCUAAAUUGAGGCAUCGCAACCUUUCUCGACUUUCACCUAUUUGA